AUGUCGACCGCGGCUGAUGGCGCCCGCGUCGGUUCGGUGGCCUUGCCAAGGGUAAUGUCCCCCACGAAAACAGACCCGAAACUCCUCAGUCGCAUGAGCACGUUCGACAUGAUGGCAGUGAACCACAACAAGACGCUUUCAGUUCGCGACCGUAUUCGAGAGAUGCACGCCCUGAAGAUGGCCCCGUUCCCCACAGAAUGUCGCCGAGAGUCCACUGUCAUAGAUGCCACCCCGGCGUCUCUGGCUUCGACGUUCCCGUGCUGCCGCCACCCCAUCAAUGCCGGUCCUGUUGAAACGUCCUUGCACCUCGACCUACACGGACUGUCGUGGAAGCGACGCCACAUUCCAACGAAUGACAUUUUGGGCGCAACUUGUCUGAGCUCGUCGUCGCAAUUCGUAGUCCAUUACGUGGAAAAGACCCCGGACUGCCACUUUCGCACAGUGCAGUUUGACACGGACUCGGAUGCUGAAGCAGCGGCGUGGGUAGAUGCAAUUCAAAGGAUUGUCAAGUGGCACGCGAGAGUUCCGCUCGAUGCGACGCGACGACUCCAAGUUGUACUGGACACCACAGCGACAAGCUCUGCCGAGGUUUGGGCGACUGCACAGACUUCCUUGUCGCUGGCUGCCAUCGACUGCACGGUCAUUGCGAGUGAAGACUGUGUUUCGUUUGGCCAAACUAUUCAAGUUGGCAACCCAUUUGAAGCAUGCCUUAUUGUGGGCACGACCUUGUCCUUCCACCGAAUUGUCAACGGCAUCUUUCAGCAGCACGAGGGUCGGUGGCGCGCCAUCUUGCCGUCCCUGCCACUGGGCCUACUCGCCACCACCGACCCGUCGACACUGCGUGCCAAUAAUGCUGCAGUGCUGUACAACCUCAUCAAGCGCAAGAUCCGACCGACGCACGCAGUCGCGUGUCACUUCAACCAAGAAUUCAUUGUCCUCGCCACGGAUUCCAUCGCUUUGGGCCAAACAACGCUGCAGAUGACGCUUGCCAGCCAGGCACCGAUGCCAAGCGUCCAGUAUCAGUGCAAACGAGCUCCCGUUGACAGCGCUUCCAAACCAGACCCGGCCACACCCGACAACGACGACCCGAACGUGAAUCUCCAGCACCACGUUGAGUUGUGCAGUAUUUACAACGACAUCGACCCGGCUUUGAAGAGUUGGAAAGGCUCGAUCGCAUGCAACCAAGAUGUACAGAACGAACCAACGUUGAGGACGCUGCCGCUCCUUGGACUGCACAUGCACCUGACCCAGCGCCACCAAGCGAUAGGAGUACAACAGUUCACCCCCGGGCCGUUGUGGCAUCGAUGGACACAGCACCACCGUCCCAUCAAUUUGUUCUCCAACUUGCCCCCAAUCACCCAAGCGUCGAGCUUGGUGCUGGCGUUGCCCCACGCAUGGGACGUCUCGAUCGAUGCGUCGCCGACACGGCUCGUGUGUGGGCACAUCCAAUUCGACUGCCUCCCACAUCUCUUGCAUUGCUUCAUGUAA